AUGGCUGUCCCAUACCCUCAAGUCGUCCUGCUCGGCGACUCGCUCCUGCAACGGUCAGUGGAUCUUGCAGAUGGCUUCUCGUUCCAGGCGGCUCUCCAGACCCGCUGUAUUCGACGGCUCGACAUUGUCAACCGCGGCUUCUCGGGAUGGAACACGGCCAACGCUGUCCAGCAUCUGGACGACAUCAUCCCCGAGCCGAGCGCAUCGUCUCCAGUGAUCAAGUUCUUGAUUGUCUUAUUUGGGGCCAACGACGCCGUGAUUCCGCUGUCUACAACGUCGCAGCAUGUUCCCAUCGAGGAGUACAAGAGGAACCUGACAAGAAUCAUCACGCAUCCUCACGUUCAAGCACACAAACCCACCAUCUUGCUGGUAACCCCGCCGCCAAUCGACGAGAUGAAGCUCGAAAGGCUUGACACGGCAGAUGGCCAUGCCUCAGCAAUUCGGUCGUUCGCCACGAGCGCCUUGUACUCGGAGAAGGCCCGGGAGGUAGCGGGAGAGAAUGCUGGGGUCAUCCUGAUUGACCUGUGGCAAGCACUCAUGGACGCCGCCAUUGCCAUGGCCCCCGGGGAUUAUCAGCCUGGCGGUCCUUGGCUGGGGUCGCCCGAGAACGGGAAAGCGGGCGGACUUGACCAUCUGCUUCCAGACGGGCUUCACAUGAGCGGCGAUGCGUACAGAGUUCUGUACGAGCAGGUUCGGCCACACAUUGGCGAGGAGUGGACCAAUCUGCCAGGACGCGACAGGACCGGCUAUCUGUUUCCGGACUGGCUGGAGCUGAAUACCAGGACGUGA